GCUGCUCGAAGAAGAAGAAGAAGAAUUGCUCAGUGUUCCAUGGCAUCUUUUGGGGUCAUGGCAAAUCUGCAAGUCAACUGUUCAAUGCAGCAGCCUAUGUGUGAAGGAGAUCUGCAGAACCAGAGUAGACACCAGAUAGUGGACCCGCAUUUGAGCCUGGAGGAGCUGCUCUUCAAAUACCUUGGGCCAAGGCGCUCAGCUGCCUUCUUGCCUGUCUGUAUCACCUACUUGUUAAUCUUCUUAGUGGGAACCCUUGGGAACAGUCUCACCUGUGUGGUCAUCAUCCGGCACAAUGUCAUGCAGACACCAACCAACUUCUACCUGUUUAGUUUAGCUGUGUCUGACCUUCUGGUACUGCUGCUGGGAAUGCCCCUAGAACUUUAUGAGAUGUGGCACAACUACCCCUUCCUUUUUGGCACUGGGGGCUGCUAUUUCAAGACAUUCCUGUUUGAAACUGUCUGUUUCGCCUCAAUCCUCAACGUGACUGCUCUCAGUGUGGAGCGCUACAUUGCUGUUGUUCACCCCAUCAAGGCCAAGUUUGUGGUGACCAGGACUCAUGCCAAGAGGGUGAUCAUAAUUCUGUGGACACUGUCAGUAGUGUGUGCAAUACCAAACACAAGCUUACAUGGAAUAUUCUAUCUAGUUAAUGGCUCUGGACAUACCAUUCAGGAGUCUGCCAUGUGUAUACUGGUCAAGCCUCGCUGGCUCUACAACCUGACCAUCCAGUUAACCACCUUGCUCUUUUUUUUCCUGCCAAUGGUGACCAUCAGCAUCCUCUACCUGCUCAUCGGUCUACAGCUCAAGAGAGAAAGGGUCCUAGAAGGGCUGGAGGCCAAGGCUGGGACUGGAAGAUAUAACAAUGAAAGUGGACGCAUCAAGCAACAUAACAACCGGAGGCGGCAGGUCACCAAAAUGCUGUUUGUGCUGGUGGUUGUCUUUGGGGUAUGCUGGGCCCCCUUUCACACUGACAGGCUGAUGUGGAGUUUCAUUGACCAAUGGACAGGAGAGUGGCACCUCAUCUUUCAGUAUGUGCACAUCAUCUCUGGAGUCUUCUUCUACCUCAGUUCUGUUGUCAAUCCUAUCCUUUACAACCUCAUGUCCAGUCGAUUCAGAGAAAUGUUCAAAGAAGUCAUGUGCCACCAAUGGCGGCCACGCAGCACCAGGACAUUCUCACUCAGCAUCACCCGGGUCACCAUGCGCAGCACCACAGGUGACACCUUACCGAACCUGAGCACAGGCCCAUUUGAAGCUGGAGAUUCAGAGUUCUGCAUAGAAGGUCACAACCAAACUUCAUGUACCUAGCAGAAGCCACGUGGGAAAGUCCCUUUCCUCAGACAGCAGCAUUGCAGCCAUGACUGACCACUUAAAGAGGUGUGACUGGUGGAUAGAAAGACAUUACAGGAUUCUAAAGUGUCCUGUCAUGCAUCAGCCAACUAGGGUCAUUAAUGAUCUGGUAAUGACCACAGGUGUGACCUCGGCAUCAGAAGCUGGCUAUUAUGCAAGUGGACAGGAGGAGAUGUAGAAGGGACAAACUAGCAGGAUGUCAAAUAUUAUUCUAUAACCCAAAAAAAAGCAUAUUAUACAUAUCCACAUAUCUUCAAGAGAUGCAGUCUGUUUUUUUCUUCCAUUUGU